AUGGGUGUAUUAAGACAAUCAGCAGCACUAAAUUAUAGUGAUUCAAUUAUGUUAGCAAGUGAAACAACAGGUUUUAGUGGCGCCAUGUUAACAGAAUUUUGUCAACGUGCAUACAAAUUUGCUAAACGAGAAUCAACUAAAAAAGAACAACGACGUAUUAGACAAACAACAACGGGCAAUGAUAAACCAACUCCUGUACUUGAAAUACGUCGUAAUCAUUUUACAAAAGCUAUUGAUUUGGCACGACGUUCAGUAAAUGCCAAUGAUAUACAUCAAUAUGAAAUAUUUGCUGAAACAUUACCAAAACAUUUUCAAGAUGUUUCAACAGAAUAA